AUGAGCGCUGGCAUCGAAAAGUGGGGUCUGGAAAUGGAAAAGAUGGCGCCGUUUAUUUGCCUGAUCUGCUCAGACGUUUUCAAUUGGGUUCAGCUUUUCUUUCUGUCUUUUCAUUGUCGUUUCAUUGUUGUCAGCUGCAAAAGACAACAAGCAAGAGAUUGGGAAAUUUCGGAUAAAAGAUUUAUUAUUAUUAUUAUUUUUCUUUUUAUUAUAAUUAUUGUUCUUUUUCUCCUUCUUCUCCUUCUUCUUUUUCUUUGUCUUCUUCUUUUUCUUCUUCUUCUUAUUCUUCUUCUUAUUAUUCUCUUUCUUCUUAUUAUUAAUAUUAUUAUUAUCCUUCUUCUCCUUCUUCUUUUUCUUUGUCUUCUUCUUCCUUUUCUUCUUCUUCCUUUUCUUCUUCUUCUUCUUCUUAUUAUUAUUAUUAUUCUCCUUCUUCUUUUUCUUUGUCUUCUUCUUCCUUUUCUUCUUCUUCUUCUUAUUAUUCUCCUUCUUUUUCUUCUUCUUAGUAUUAUUAUUAUUUUUUUUCUUUUUAUUAUAAUUAUUGUUCUUUUUCUUCUUCUUCGCCUUCUUCUUAUUAUUAUUCUUCUUCUCCCUCAUUCUUUUUCUUUGUCGUCUUCUUUUUCUUCUUCUUCUUCUUCUUAUUCUCUUUCUUCUUAUUAUUAA